CUUUCUCUCUCUCUCUCUCUCUCUCAAGUGGUUUAAUUUUUCAGGAGAGAUAGGGAGAGAAACUUGCAGAAGAGUAUAUCCUGAAAGAACCGCUUUAUUUGAAAUUGUUUAUUAUUUUUUUGUCAUAGUCAAAAAGAUGAGAGAGAAAAAAUAAAAAGAGGAGAAAUGUUAAAGAAAAAUAGUUUUGUCUUUUGUAUUCAUAGCAUUCAAUUCUGUUUCUUCUCUUUAUUUGAAAUAAGUUUAUAAGUAAUAACCGACUCUUCUUCAAAGUUUCUUUUCUUAUCUUUUUGUGUAGACAAAUGAAAUGAUUUUAAGGGGAAAAGAAAGAAAUCAGUUUCACCAUAUUAAUGGGGUUUUCUUUGUCUAUUGAAGCAACAGAACAACAAAAACAAGAUACAAUGUUUUUAGGUUCCAACAAUUCUAUGGCUUCUUCAAGUAUUGUUAAGAACACAACAAAUCAACUUGAACCACUCCCUCAACAACAAAAUCAUCAUCUUCAUCAUCAUCAACAUCAACAUCAACAUCAGCAUAUGCAUGACCAUCAAAUUUCUUUUGGCAUGAUGACAUCUUCAUCAUCAUCCUCUAUCCCUGGAAACUAUUUAAGCAAAGAUUCAAGUACUUAUGAUUUGGGUGAAUUGGAUCAAGCUUUUUUUUUGUAUUUGGAUGGACAAGCUGAUCCUUCCAGUCUUCAAGAUCAAAGACAAGAGAGUUCAUUUUCAGGAAUGAAACCACCACCAACUCUUAACAUUUUUCCAUCUCAACCUAUGCAUGUAGCACCACCACCAUCCAAUUCAAAGGCUAGCAUGGGAUUACCUUCUCCACAAACCAGUGGUUCCAAGAAACAAUCUCAACCGUCCGUUGAGUUGGCCAACCAACGGAACGAAACCCUCUCUGCACCUGCACCAUCCAAAUCUAUAAUAAAGAGAGAGAACAAUCGCAAGGGUACAACUUCAAGUUCUGAACAAGAAGGACCUAAAACACCAGAUCCUAAGACUCUGAGAAGACUUGCUCAGAAUAGAGAAGCAGCAAGGAAAAGCAGGCUUAGGAAAAAGGCUUAUGUUCAGCAGCUAGAAACAAGUAGGAUUAAGCUUAAUCAGCUUGAACAAGAGUUGCAGCGUGCUAGAGCUCAAGGUAUGUUAAUGGGUGGAGGUGCAAUUUUGGGAGGAGAUCAAGGCAUGCCAAUUUCUAUGAAUAGCAUUACCUCAGAGGCUGCAAUGUUUGAUAUGGAAUAUGGGAGGUGGUUAGAGGAACACCACAGACUAGUGUGUGAGCUAAGAGCUGCAGUACAAGAACACUUAAAUGAAAAUGAGCUGAGGAUAUAUGUUGAAAAUUGCUUAUCUCACUAUGAUCAAGUUAUGAACCUUAAAACAAUUCUAGCUAGAACAGAUGUUUUUCAUCUUGUUUUUGGCAUGUGGAAAACCCCAGCUGAACGUUGCUUCAUGUGGAUUGGUGGAUUCAGACCAUCUGAACUAAUUAAGGUAAUCAUAAGUCAAAUUGAACCUCUAACAGAACAACAAAUACUUGGUAUAUGUGGAUUGCAACAAUCAACACAACAAGCAGAAGAUGCUCUUUCUCAAGGGCUUGAUGCCCUAAACCAAUCUGUCUCUCAGACUAUAACAUCAGACUCUUUGAGUUGUCCUCCCAAUAUGACUAACUACAUGGGACAAAUGGCUUUGGCCAUGAACAAACUCUCUUCUCUUGAAGGUUUUGUGAGACAGGCAGAUAAUCUGAGGCACCAAACAAUUCAUCGUCUGCAUCAGAUGUUAACAAUUCGUCAAGCUGCAAGGUGUUUGGUUGCUAUGUCUGAGUACUUCCAUCGUCUUCGAGCAUUGAGUUCACUCUGGUUGACACGCCCUCGUCAAGAAUAGUGCGAGGGCGUGUGAUAGUAGUAGUACUAGUAGUGUCACAUUUCAUAGUUAUAUAAUUACAAGCCAUGGCUAGCUAGAUUUAUAUAUAUAUAUAUAUGGUCUUGUAAUUUUUUUUUU